AUGGCGUCGCGCACACGGCUGGCCGCCAAUGCGGCUUCCACGCUGAUACGAAGCUCACGGCCGCUCGCAACCCCCAGAAUAUCGCCGCUCGCCGCACUGGCAACAUGGUCUGCCCGCCACAGCUCGCAGCUCAGCUCGCAGGCGGCGGCCAACCCGACAAGUGUCUUUUCGUCGUUUGGCCCGCUGGCCUCGCAGGCUGGGCCGCCGUCGUACUUUUCAUCGUCCCACAGGCGGCUGCCGACCAACACCAUCAUCCGCUUUGUGCCGCAGCAAACGGCAUGGAUUGUCGAGCGCAUGGGCAAGUUCAACCGCAUACUCGAGCCCGGCCUGGCCAUCUUGAUUCCCUUCAUUGACCGCAUCGCCUACGUCAAGAGCCUCAAGGAAAAUGCCCUCGAGAUCCCCAGCCAGAGCGCCAUCACGGCCGACAACGUGACGCUCGAGCUGGACGGCGUGCUGUACACACGCGUGUUCGACGCAUACAAGGCCAGCUACGGCGUAGAGGACGCCGAGUACGCCAUCUCGCAACUUGCGCAGACGACGAUGCGUUCGGAAAUCGGGCAGCUUUCUCUCGACCAUGUGCUCAAGGAGCGUGCCAACCUCAAUGCCAACAUUACCGCCGCCAUCAACGAGGCCGCACAGGACUGGGGCGUCACCUGUCUGCGCUACGAGAUUCGAGACAUCCACGCGCCCGAGCCCGUCGUCGAAGCCAUGCACCGCCAAGUGACUGCCGAGCGCUCCAAGCGAGCCGAAAUUCUCGAGUCAGAGGGUCAGCGGCAGUCUGCCAUCAACAUUGCCGAGGGAAAGAAGCAGUCAGUCAUUCUGGCGUCAGAGGCUUUGCGGGCAGAGCAGAUCAACAUGGCCAGCGGAGAGGCCGAGGCCAUCCUGCUCAAGGCCCAGGCUACAGCCAACGGCAUUGAUGCGGUUGCUCGAUCCAUUGCCCAGGGCGAGGGUGCCGCACAGAACGCCAUCUCGCUGUCUGUUGCUGAAAAGUACGUCGAGGCUUUCGGGAACCUGGCCAAGGAGGGCACAAGCAUCGUGGUUCCGGGCAACGUGGGCGACAUGAGCGGCAUGAUUGCCAGCGCCAUGGCCGUCUACGGUAACGUCAGCGCCACGCAGGCAAAGGCUCAAGCCUCGAAGCUGGUGCACGGUAGCCACGCCCACAAUCAGGCCAGCGACAAGAUUCAGGAGCUCCAGAGUAAGCUGAACGAGGCCGAGGGCGGGGCCAGCGACGUGCACCACGAGAUCAACAGGGCCAUGGACCAGCGGCUGAACUAG